CUUUUUUGUUGCUGGCUGGCGCUUAAAAUAAGGAAACGACAUCGUUUUCUUUGGCCGCGUAUUUCCAACUAACAUUCAAAGAGCUUCUUCUAAACUCAACUAACGUUCAAACGAAACUAUUGGUCUCCUCUCCUCUCUUUCCUUUUCAUCGCCUUCUUCAUCACUACAGACAAGCUCAUCUUAAGCACGGACCUUGAUCCAUCCAACGUAUCCUAAUUUGACACGUGUCCCUUUUAGUGUCAACGAGCCUCAGCGAACUGAUCUGAUACGAGGGAUACACCAACAAGCCACAACCAAAAACCGGAUCGAUUCGGACAAGCACCGGAUCUUCUUAACUCAUUAGAAAGGGUUUCUUUCCUUAAAAUCCUUUUCAGAACUUGAGGUUUUGCAUGAACUCUCUCACCGUUAAUUACUUAUUUUUGGGAAUAAUAUAAUGGAUGUGAAAGAGAGUGAAAGAAAGCUAAUAGUAAAACCAGUGGCUUCAAGGCCUUCAUGCUCUAGCGUCAGGACAUUCACUGAGCUUAUGACUGAUUCAGUUACCGUCUCUCCACAAUCGAACUGUCACGAGACUGUAGACGCUUCUAUAAGACCAAAGACUGAGAGGUUUAAACAGCCAGCUUCAGCUUCAGCUUCUGUCUCAUCUCCACGGGUGGAAGGAAGUGGCAAUGGAAAAUCUUGUGAUGAUUCAGAGAGCAAAAAUUAUGUCAUUUAUAAACCUAAAGCAAAGCUUGUCUCCCAAGCAACCGUCUCUGCGUUGGCUAAUAUGCUUCCGGGAAAUUGUCAACAGACUUGGAUAAAAAGAGAAGCAGUAGCGUAUGGGAAGCGUGUUAGCCAAGGCACACAUCGAGCAGGUCCUAACCUAAUCCCUAGAGUUCCAACCUUUAAAGAAUCAGAGACAUCCACUGGGGACAGAUCUUACGUGGACGGAUACAACUGGAGGAAAUACGGACAGAAGCAAGUCAAAGGAAGUGACUCUCCAAGGGGUUACUACAAAUGCACACACCCCAAAUGUCCGGUUAAGAAGAGAGUAGAGAGAUCAAUGGGAGGUCAGGUUUCAGAGAUUGUGUAUCAAGGUGAGCAUAAUCACUCUAAACCCUCUUGUCCUCUUCCGCGGCGGGCUUCAUCUUCAUCCUCUUCAGGGUUUCAGACACCAUCUGAAGGAUCAAUGGGGGAAGAACCUAACCCUCUCUGGAGCAAUCAAGAGAAGAUGAAUGAAGGGUGUGUUAUAACACCAUUCGAGUUUGCUGUUCCAAGAACAGCAAACUCAAGUGGUGGAACUUCGGAUUCCGGUUGCAGAAGUAGCCAGUGUGAUGAAAGAGAGCUUGAUGAUCCAAGCAGAAGCAAGACAAGCAUGAAGAACGAGAAGCAAUCAAGUGUAGCUGGAGUAUCCCAAAGCUCAGGGGAAUCGGACAGUCUCGAAGAUGGAUUCAAGUGGAGAAAGUACGGACAGAAAGCGGUUGGAGGGAAUGCGUAUCCGAGAAGUUACUACAGGUGCACGAGCGUGAAUUGUAGAGCAAGGAAACGCGUGGAGAGAGCGAGUGAUGAUUCAAGAGCUUUCAUUACAACCUACGAAGGUAAACACAAUCACCACCAUUUGCAACUGAGGCCUCCAACUUCUUCUACUCUUCCUUUUAGCUCCCCACAACAUUCUAAUCAAGCCAUUUAAUGACCUCCACUUGUCUUCUUCAAUCUUCAUUGCAAGUUUACUUACAUUAUCUUUCUUGUUUUGAACAAAAAAAAUCUUUCUUGUUAACCAUUGUGGAUUUGUUUAUUUACAUCAAUGUUUCAAGGACAACAAGACAUUAAUGACAUUUGUCAUGUAACAAACAAAAGAAAGGCAAAUAGAAAGAGUGAUGAAAUUCAAACUUAAUUUGUUUAUUGCUUCCAUUUACUAUAAUUGAUUUUGGUUAAUAUGCAAACAAAAAUACCUGAAGAUAGAAGCCAUAUUGCCCAUUGUAACCAACCAACUCUUACA